AUGCCGAAAGAACAAAACAAACAACUGAAAAACACAGAUGAAGUAGAUGAAAAUGUAUUAAAAAAAUAUGAAAUCAUAAAAAAAAUAGGAAAAGGAGCAUAUGGGAUUGUAUUUAAAGCAAAAUGUAAAAAAAAUAAUAAAAUAGUAGCAGUGAAGAAAAUAUUUGAUGCUUUUCAAAAUUCAACAGAUGCUCAAAGAACUUUUAGAGAGAUUAUGUUUUUAUAUCAACUAAAUGGUCAUGAUAAUAUAAUAAAAUUAAUGGAUGUUAUGAAAGCAAAAAAUGAUAAUGACAUUUAUUUAGUAUUUGAUUAUAUGGAAACAGAUUUACAUGAAGUAAUUAAAGCAGAUUUAUUAGAAGAAAUACAUAAGAAAUAUAUAAUAUAUCAAUUAUUAAGAGCAUUAAAAUAUAUACAUUCUGGCUUAUUGUUACAUCGUGAUAUCAAACCUUCAAAUAUACUUUUAAAUUCAGAAUGUCAUAUAAAAGUAGCUGACUUUGGUUUAGCAAGAAGUAUCUCAACAGAAGUUAAUGAAAAUAAAAUACCAGUUCUAACAGAUUAUGUUGCAACGAGAUGGUAUAGGGCUCCAGAAAUUUUAUUAGGUAGUACGAAUUAUACAGAAGGAGUAGAUAUGUGGUCACUUGGUUGUAUUAUGGGAGAGUUGUUAAGUGGAAAACCAUUAUUUAGAGGAAAUUCUACUAUGAAUCAAUUAGAAAAAAUUAUUGAAAUAAUAGGAAAACCAAAUAGAAAAGAUAUUGAAGAUAUAAAAUCUCCAUUUGCUGAAACUAUUAUUUCUUCUUUUAUUGAUAUUAAAAAAAAAAAUUUAUCUGAUAUUUUUCAUAAAGCAUCAAAAGACUCAUUAGAUUUACUUCAAAAAUUAUUACAAUUUAAUCCUUCAAAAAGGAUUAGUGCAGAAAAUGCUCUCAAACAUAAAUAUGUCGAACAAUUUCAUUCUAUUAUAGAUGAACCUAUUUGUAAAAAAAUUAUCACUAUUCCUAUUAAUGAUAGUACAAAAUAUAAAGUGAAUUUUUAUAGAAAUAUUGUAUAUUUUGAUAUAAUGCGAAGAAAAAAAUACUAUUCAAAAAAUGUAAAAAAAAAUUAUCAAGAGAAAGCAUCAGGUAAUUUAAUUAAAACAAAUGAUUCAAUAGAAAAUAACAAAAAUGAUGAAGAAAAAGAAAAAGAAAAGAAAAAAAAAAAAAAAACUGCUUCUAUUACUAAUACUAAUAUUACUUAUAAUAAAUUGAGUAACCAUAAAAAAUCUAUUAUUUUUUCUGAUAUAAAUUAUUCAAAAAAUAAUGAAAUAUCAAAUUUUAAAAACAAAAAAUAUAUCCUUGAAAAACCUUAUGAUAAUAAUAAUAAAACUAUCAAAUCUAAAGAAGUUCAAAAUUCCAAAAAAAAUUAUGAAAAAGAUAAAGGAAUAAAUAAUUAUGUACUGAAUCAACAUAAUAAAAAUAAUGUUAACAAUAAUAAUGAAAAAUAUUAUUAUGAACAUACUGAUGAUAAAAAAGUUAGUAACGAAACUGAUAUUUGUUAUCAUCAAGUUAUUAAAAACGUAAAUAUAGAAAAUAAGGAUAAAAGAUGGAAAAUAUCUACUAAUAAUAUUGUGAAUUCAGGAAUAAAUAAUCCAUACUAUCCCCAAUCAAACAUUACUAAAGUUAUGAAUGAAAAAGAAAAAAUUCCUGAAAAUUGUUCUAAAAAAAAUGAAAAUAAAAGUAAAAAUAUAAAGAAAAAUAUUGUUAGAAAUGAUUUAAAUAGUACCAUUAAAAAUGUUAAUAAACAUUAUGAUUGCUGUGCACAAAAUAUUUUUACAAAUAAAAAAAACUAUAAGUUAACUAACAAAAAUAGCUAA